CCUCUAUGUGUUUCAUGAAGCAAAGUUAUACAUAUAAAUGGCCCACGUGAUAUGGUUUGGAAGAGAACAAGAAGUAGAAACAGAACUGACAAAAAGAGGAAGAAGCACACCAAGCACAAGAUUUGUGUUCCUGUACGUGGAAGAACUGGAUCUGCGGUUGAAAAUGGUGAUCAGAAUGAGGGAAGUGGUCUGAGGAAUAUCUGGCAAUGGGAUGAGGAGGAUCCAGGGCCCAGAAUGCAUGAUAGCUGCUUUUGUCAUGGAAUACCAACCAUGGCAGUUUAAGGGCACGGAUGAUGGUUUUUGUCAUCAUGAAAAGACUCCUACUAAUGAACGCUGCUCUUUAAUGAAUCUGUUGUGAUAUUGUACCAUGCACUUUUGAACUCUCAUGUACUAUUGUAUUCUUCACCUCGAGAAGCCUUAGAUAAGAUAGCUAUGGCCAGUGUGCAACAUCGAAGGGUUGAAGGAUGGCUUUCAGUGUGGAUAGUCUCAGCCUGGCUCUGCCUUCUGGUCAAUGCACAGAUGAAGAUACCACCAGAAACGGUUCAGGUGUGGGCCAAUAUUUUUGCUGAUCAAAUAACUGCCCUUGCAGCCAAAUACUCUGGAGCGCCUCUCUUGCAAAAGAAACUUAAAGAUGUGGAGCCCAUAGUCAAAAUUGAAGAUGUGGACGGAAGGGAACUCGUGAAGGAGUUCUCUGAUGAGAUUGAAAGAAUGUUGGGCAGUAAAAUGAAAUCUGUCAAGAGGCUUGCAGAUACUGCGGAAGAUGCAGAUUACUACCAUGAUUACAAUUCAACAUUGCAGUUUGAUUACUACAAUGCCAUGCUUAUAAACACAUUUGACGAUGAGGGAAACCCCAUCGAACUAGGUGGCGAGUUUGUAGUGGAGGAGAAUGAGCAUUUCAACAAAAUACCUGUCAACACUGCACAGAGUGACAUCCAAGUGCCCACAAAUGUCUACAAUAAAGAGCCUAAUAUCCUUAAUGGUGUGUACAUGUCAGAGGCCCUGAACGAUGUCUUUGUUAGCAAUUUCCAAAAAGAUCCCACACUCACAUGGCAAUACUUCGGGAGUUCUACAGGUUUCUUCAGACUCUAUCCAGGCAUCCAAUGGACCCCUGAUUCCAACGGUGUGGUGUCGUUUGACUGCAGGAACAGAAACUGGUACAUUCAAGCCGCCACCUCGCCAAAGGACAUCAUCAUUGUUGUUGAUAUCAGUGGAAGUAUGAAGGGCCUGAAACUGACCAUUGCCAAGCACACCAUCAACACCAUCCUGGACACACUGGGAGAGAACGACUUUGUCAAUGUCAUUGCUUACACUGACUACGUUCGGUACGUGGAGCCCUGUUUCAGAGGCAUCCUGGUGCAGGCCGACUUGGACAAUCGCGAGCAUUUCAAACUGCUUGUGAACGAGCUGCACGUGAAGGGCGAGGGGAAAGUAAAGAAGGCCAUGAAGGAGUCAUUUAAAGUCCUCAACGAGGCCUCAGCCAAUGGCAAGGGCAGCCUCUGUAACCAGGCCAUCAUGCUGAUUACCGAUGGGGCCAUGGAGGACUUCCAGGACGUGUUUGAGGAGUUCAACUGGCCCGAGAAGAAGGUCCGCGUCUUUACGUACCUUAUAGGACGUGAUAUGACUUUUUCUGAAAAUGUCAAAUGGAUUGCUUGCAACAACAAAGGUUACUACACCCACAUCAACACACUAGCAGAUGUGCAAGAGAACGUUAUGGAAUACUUACAUGUGCUGAGUCGACCUAUGGUCAUAGACCAUGACCAUGACAUCAUCUGGACAGAGGCGUACAUGGACACUGUGCUAUUCAACACAAUGGCUCACAGUUUGCUGUUAAUGACAUCUGUGGCCAUGCCAGUGUUCAGCAAGAAGAAGGAGACGCUGUCGCAUGGAAUUCUCCUGGGUGUGGUGGGGACUGACAUUCCCCUAGUAGAAGUGAUGAAGUUGGCACCCCGAUACAAGCUGGGAGCUCAUGGCUAUGCCUUCCUCAUCACUAACAACGGCUACAUCUUGGCACACCCAGACCUACGGCCUUUGUAUAAAGAUGAGAAGAAGAAGCUGAAGCCCAAACCCAACUACAACAGCGUAGACCUGUCUGAGGCCGAGUGGGAGGACACUGAGGAAAAUCUGAGAACCGCCAUGGUGAAAGGAGAGACCGGCACUCUGACGUUAGAUGUGCGAGCGUCUGUGGACAAAGGAAAACGGCCCUUGUUCCUGAAAAAUGAUUAUUUCUACACAGUCAUUGAUGAUACUCCCUUCAGUUUUGGAAUGGUGCUCACUCGUGGCCAUGGCGAGUAUAUAUUCUAUGGGAAUGUGUCUGUGGAGGAAGGAUUGCAUGAUCUUAACCAGCCAGACAUUUCCAUCGCAGAAGACUGGACGUACUGUGAGACCGACAUUGACCCUGACCAUCGCAAGCUCACUCAGAUGCAGGCUGUCUUCAAAUAUCUCACAGGGAAGGACCCUGACCUGGAGUGCGAUGAGGUGCUGCUACAGCAGCUGCUGUUUGACGCCGUGGUGACUGCUCCCAUGGAGGCUUACUGGACUGCCAUGAUGAUGGAUGCCGCAGGAAUUGAUCCAGGAAUUGAGACUGCCUUCCUGGGGACCCGGUCUGGACUGCUGCGAGUCACCAGAUAUGCAGGCAGUGAACGGCGGGUGGCGAAGAAAUUCCUCACUGAAUCAGACAAGAAGAACCUCUUCACUGUGGACCACUUCCCUGUGUGGUAUCGGAUAGCAGCCGAGAAUCCCCCGGGGAAGUUCCUCUUCUACAUGCCCCAGGGAGAGGACAGCAAAGGUGCAAAGUAUGUCAUUGCUGUUACGGGUGUAACGGUGACAUCUGGACCACGGACAGCGUUGGCUGGAGCUAUUGGAGUGCAAAUGUCAUUGACUUUACUGGAGUCCCGGCUGCUUUCUAUUGCAAUUCAGCCCAAUGAUACAGACUGCAGCAAUGUGGAGGGUGUUUGUCCUCUUUCUUGUGAAAGCAUGGACCUCAACUGCUACAUCAUUGAUCACAAUGGAUUCAUUAUAAUCUCCAAAGAGAGAAAUGAUGUCGGUAAAUUCUUUGGGGAAGUGGACGGGUCAGUGAUGGCGCAGCUGCUUAAAACAGGCUUGUACAAGAGGGUGGCGCUGUAUGACUACCAGGCUAUGUGCAAGACUUCACACGGUCACUCGAGUGAUGCUCGGCCGCUGCUCAGUCCUUUCUUUGGACUAAUGGGUGUGGUUAAGUGGUUCAUGUCCAACUUCCUGAUGUUUUUGCUGGAGUUCAACAUCUGUGGACUUUGGCACUCAGAUUAUGUGGCAGAUGCCAAGUCUGUGUACCAUGCAAGCCAUAAACAGAAGAAGGUGGAUGUCAUGCAGCCCUGUGACACCGAGUAUCCUGGCUUCAUGUAUGACACAUCCAUCACUGAGACCAACAGCAUCAUCAAAUGUGGCCGCUGUCAGAAGAUGUUUGUUUUGCAGCAAGUCCGUAACACUAAUUUGGUGAUGGUGGUUGCACAAGCAGACUGUGACUGUUCCCGCCAAUACUCACCGAUCACACUGAACCCAAAGGAGGUCAAAUAUAUCGCAACGGUCAAGUGUAACCGCAUGAAGUCCCAGAAGAUCCGCCGGCGCCCGGAGUCCUGCCACGCUUACCACCCUCAUGAAAAUGCAAAGGAUUGUGGAGGAGCUUGUGAGAUCAGUAUAUCAGUGGCUCUGCUGUUUGUGUCCUUGGUGACUUCUCUUGUUUUGCGAUGAUGUGGAGACGUCUCCUACAGUAGAUGUAGGUGACCAUGAGCCAAAACGAAAAAGGAGUUAAAAAAAUGUACUGUAACUCUGUAAUUUUCCAUUUAAUGCCAUGUUUAUAACAUCAAAAAUAUGUAAACAAAUAGGCAUCCAAAGUGAUCCAAGACAAGUGAAAAGGGCUAUUUUGUAAAAUUAGGAAACGAUGGAUCUUGCUGACAUGCAUCAUACAUAUUCUUCAGUCUUAUUCAGAAUAGAGCAUAGUUAACUUCAUGAACUCAGUGACUAAAGGCCAAAUAACACAUCACAUGAUCUCCAGAGAACAAGGAUUCUGUGGACAAUUCAUCGCAGAACACGGAAGAGUUUGAGUGCGAGGACCUCUACUGGACUUAAGGUUGCAGUGCAACCGCAAACAUUUUAGAGAGAUCUUGGGAAUGAUGGACUGAUUCUACAUGCUCAGAACAGUGUCAGAGAAUAUAGUGACUCUGCUCUACAGUGGAAGGAAGGCAGAGGUCUUGAGAACUGUCUGUCCUGUAAUGCUCCAAGUCAAAUGACCUAUAAUGAUUACUCUGUGUAACAGCAGUCAGCACGGAUGUUCACUGGUGUGUUCCAUGUAGACUCGAUUUGUAGGACUUGCUAAGGCUUAAGCAUGUGUUUAUCUUAAACAUGUCUACAGAUGGGUGAAAACAAUCAAUUUAGAAAGCAUUGAUAGAGUUGGCAACAGUUAAGAGAAGCAAGAUACUUAUUGAUUCUAAACUGCAUGAGUGUACCAAAAAUGUAUUUCUUAUUCCACCUGUAUG